AUGUCAGACACUAUAUCGAGUAUUGGGGUCAUGACACCUCGCACCCUGUCCGAAGCCGAUCCCGUUGAGCACUGGCUUGAUUCUACAAGUGACGGAAUAGACACUCCGAUAUAUACGCCUACUUCAUUAGAGACUGGUGUCACUUUAAAUGGUUCUCUUGGCCUCACUCGCAAAUCCGUUCCCCACCACGAUGGAAAAUACCUCAUCCACGACGUUUCCCGCAGUCGUGUCCUUACGUGCCACGAUGGCCAUCUGCGCCUGGAAUCAAUAGAUCUGGCAAAACCCCAAAAGCACAUUUCAGAACAGGCACAGUGGGAAUGCAACGAGAGAAGAGGCUUUAGAGGGUUUAAGAAUGUCGCCGAGGGAACCUUUCUGGGGCAUGACUUUUGGUGGGAUUUCUAUGCCAAGGUCUACCAUCACAAGGGCUGGGAGGACUUUACUCUGCGUCAUAUGGAGGGCGGUGUGUACCAGAUCCAGACCUUGGAUUUGUGGAAGCAGAGGCAGGUUUCUGCAAAGGAGGAUGGAAGUGGCCUAUUUCGAGACGACGACGGGGGCACUUUGUGGGAGUUUAUCAAGCGUCAAUUUACCAGCGUGUUUCAGGUUAGUCCAGCACCUGUUUUGCUGCUGCCUAGCAGGCCUCUCGGUGUUCGUGUCUCCUGGCAGUGGAAGCUGUUUGCUGCCUCGCCAUCAUCGUCACGUCAGUUAAGUACGCAGUUUGAAAUACGCCAGCGACAUAUCUCUAACGACGAUAAUGGACGUCAGCGUAUCCUCACUGGCCCAAUCCAGCGCCAAUCCAGCUCUUCCUCCGUUCUACCCUCUGACAGUGCCUCACAAUUUGCCAGCACACUAUCGGAACCCGAGGCAUCUUCAACUGAGCAUACGGUCAAGAGAAGGAAACUGAGAGCCAUAGCAACAUGGGAUCACUUUCGAGGAGCUCAAGGCGACGAGCCACGCGCAAUCAGCGGCAAUUUACUCCACUACUGCAAGCGUUGUCGCAAUCCAUCUUGGUCAACCCACAUAUCUGGCAACGCCCGCUAUCACCUCAAAAAGGCUCAUCACAUAUUUGUUCGAGAGGAUUCAAGCUCUCAAAACAAGCGUCAACUAGCCAUCGAAAAUGCUUUCGCAAGAACAACUGCCAAGCAGCUGCAGCAAGUCAGAGAGCAUGAAAGGAACACUCUGCGGAGUGUAAUCAACGUCGACGCCUUUCGAGAGGCACAGAUGCUACUGUCCGCACAUAGGCAUCUGCCGCUGAACUUUGUAACGUGGCCAGAAUAUCAGGCACUUCUAACCGCGGUAAAUCCAUACCUGGGCAUUUGA